AUGAAAGGCCCAGAAGUCAAAGUCUACGUGCGAGACCCUCUCGGCAGUGCCGCCUCGUGGAUAAGCGAUGGCAGACGGAGCGUGACAUCUUGGUCAUGGAUGGGCGUCAAAUUCAACAACUUCGACGGCGUCUGUGGCAUCAACGGCGUGUUUGCGGGCAACGUUGAUUUCCAGAUGCGAUAUGACUGGGAUCCAAAUAAGGGUUUCCAUGUGAAUGCAACCAAGGGAAAUGAAGUAAGGGCGUUUAUACUCCAGGGUCAACAGCCCGGGUCGAAUGUUGGGGUUGAUUGGCAUUUGAGGGCACUCAAGUUUUUGAAUAACCGCAGAAAUGGGAUGGGUGAUCAGGAGGCCAUGACUACUUUUAUGGCUGGUCGAAUUUGA